GACUUGUUUUUAAAUUGUAUUCUAUUUCGCCUACUUUUGACAAAAACCCAUAUGCAAAAACCCAUCUGAAAUUAGGGUUUUGGGGAUAUACAGAAUGAAGCGUUCGCGCAUAGGCAAUGGCGAUGGCGACGGCGACGCCGUGGGAGGUGGGAACAAUAAAGCAAGUGAGCAACUAGAACCCCACCACUCUCAUGGUCACACGCUCCCAGUUCCUCAAACUCAAGAAUCUCAUCAACGCUCCGCUGCAGACGGCCGCGAAGACUUCGACGAAGCCGCGACAGACGGCAAAACGUUCGAUGACCUCGGCCUGGCGGAUUGGGUGGUUGGUACAUGCCGGGAGCUCGGAAUGCGGAUGCCACGGCACGUGCAACAGCGUUGCAUACCGCCUGUGCUAGAGGGCCGGCACGUGCUUGGCAUUGACGAGACUGGGAGCGGGAAAACGGCGGCCUUCGCUCUUCCGAUCCUGCAUCGACUCGCUGAGCACCCCUUCGGGGUUUUCGCACUCGUAGUGACGCCCACGCGCGAACUUGCGUUCCAGCUCGCGGAGCAGUUCCGUGCUCUGGGCUCAGCCGUGCACCUCCGCAUCACGGUUGUAGUAGGCGGCAUGGAUAUGCUCAAGCAGGCGAAGGAUUUGGUUGCGAGGCCGCACCUCGUCAUUGCCACACCUGGGAGAAUCCAUGUCUUGCUCCGUGAUAACCCUGAUAUUUCUCCUGUUUUCUCCAGAACUAAGUUUCUUGUCUUGGAUGAAGCAGAUCGAGUUCUGGAUGCUUGUUUUCAGGAGGAAUUGAAAUUUAUCUUUCAGUGCUUACCUGAAAAUCGACAAAAUCUGUUCUUUUCUGCAACAACUACAAGUAAUCUACAAAAGUUGCGAGAACGUUACCAAGACAAGAUGUAUGUCUACGAGGCAUAUGAAGGUUUUAAAACAGUUGAAUCACUUAAGCAACAGGUGAUAUUCAUCCCUAAAAAGGUGAAGGAUGUAUAUUUGAUGCAUAUCUUGUCAAAAAUGGAGGAUAUGGGAAUUCGGUCUGCCAUCGUUUUUAUCUCAACAUGCAGAGAUUGUCAUCGUUUAAGUUUAAUGCUGGAAGUGCUUGAUCAAGAAGCAGCAGCUCUUUAUUCCUUCAAAUCACAAACUCAGAGGCUUGAAGCUCUUCAUCAAUUUAAAUCAGGAAAGGUUUCUGUACUGCUAGCAACUGAUGUUGCCAGUCGGGGAUUGGAUAUUCCUACAGUUGACCUUGUUAUCAAUUAUGAUGUUCCAAGGUUUCCACGGGAUUAUAUUCAUCGGGUUGGUCGAACAGCAAGAGCCGGUAGAGGUGGACUGGCUUUGAGCCUUGUCACCCAGAAUGAUGUUGAACUUAUUCAUGAAAUAGAAGCACUUAUUGAGAAACAACUUGAAAUGAUUGAAUACAAAGAAAGUGAGGCGCUUUCUCUCAUGAAAAAGGUUUUCAGUGCUAAGAAUGUAGCAGAAAUGAGAAUGAUAGAUGAUGGCUUUGAGGAGAAAGCUAAAGAGCGGAAAAACCAGAAACUGAAAAUGCUUGCAGAGAAAGGACUGUUGAAGAAAAAUAAAAGGAGAAAAAAAAGUAAAGAAUUUUCAGAGCAAGGGAAAGAGGUUUUCAUGAAGAUGGGUACUGAUAGCAUUGAAAGGGAAACAAAAACUAAAAGUGCUAAAAGAAAAAGGUUUGUUAAUGAAAAAAAGUAAAGAAUUUGCACCGGGGAAGGAAAAAAACAGAAAAAAAGAGAGUAGAGGCAUCAGUUGAUAUAGCAAACUCCAAAGAAAAGGGGUAAGAAGAAGCACAUUAGUAUAUUUAAGAAAAUGAUGGUUUCUAAUUAUAGAAAGAAUAUUUGAAGAGAGGUUAAAAUCAAAAGCCUAAAGAAAAGAGAGGUAUCCCAGUGGACGUAGAGAAGCUAAACGUAUUUUGGUAAAUUGCUUGUUAUUGUAUUCGUGUCUUCCUGACUGUUGGUAGAGGUGAGAUUAAAGACAUUGGAAUUAGCUAAGUUCUAGGCAUUAUUCUUCCUUUGAUUUUGAGAUUUUGAACUUUGAUCUGAACUUGAACCUGAUGAACAUUCCUAGCCACUGAGAGGCAGGGUUUCAUCAAUCAAUUUUGUAGCCAGUUAAAUAUACAGUUGGAACAAAAUUGUCAUUCAUAUUUUGUGAAUGAAAUUUAUUUUACUAACA